GGCUCGGAGCACUUGUACAUUUCUGCAGCCGCGCGGCGAGCCAUUCACGGCGGCUGCUGCAGCUCCUACUGCAUCUUCCUUCUCCUCCUUUCCUCUGGCUCCGGUCUCGGAGUCGGAGAGCGCGCCUCUCUUCCAGAGUCCCCGGACCCGGCGAGUCAGCGAUCGCCGAGCCAGCCACCAUGCCCGGCAGACCGCGCCACUAGGCGCUCCUCGCGGCUCCCACCCGGCGGCGGCGGCGGCGGCGGCGGCGGCCGCGAUGGUUUCAGACGCUGAAGGAUUUUGCAUCUGAUCGUUCGGCGUUUCAAAGAAGCAGCGAUCGGAGAUGGAUGUCUCUCUUUGCCCAGCCAAGUGUAGUUUCUGGCGGAUUUUCUUGCUGGGAAGCGUCUGGCUGGACUAUGUGGGCUCCGUGCUGGCUUGCCCUGCAAAUUGUGUCUGCAGCAAGACUGAGAUCAAUUGCCGGCGGCCGGACGAUGGGAACCUCUUCCCCCUCCUGGAAGGGCAGGAUUCAGGGAACAGCAAUGGGAACGCCAGCAUCAACAUCACGGACAUCUCAAGGAAUAUCACUUCCAUACACAUAGAGAACUGGCGCAGUCUUCACACGCUCAAUGCCGUGGACAUGGAGCUGUACACUGGACUCCAAAAUCUGACCAUCAGAAACUCAGGACUUCGGAGCAUUCAGCCCAGAGCCUUUGCCAAGAACCCCCACUUGCGUUACAUAAACCUGUCAAGUAACCGGCUCACCACACUCUCGUGGCAGCUCUUCCAGACGCUGAGUCUUCGGGAAUUGAGGUUGGAGCAGAACUUUUUCAACUGCAGCUGUGACAUCCGCUGGAUGCAGCUGUGGCAGGAGCAGGGGGAUGCCAAGCUCAACAACCAGAACCUCUACUGCAUCAACGCUGAUGGCUCCCAGCUUCCUCUCUUCCGCAUGAACAUCAGUCAGUGUGACCUUCCUGAGAUCAGCGUGAGCCACGUCAACCUGACCGUACGAGAGGGUGACAAUGCUGUCAUCACUUGCAAUGGCUCUGGAUCACCCCUUCCUGAUGUGGACUGGAUAGUCACUGGGCUGCAGUCCAUCAACACUCACCAGACCAAUCUGAACUGGACCAAUGUUCAUGCCAUCAACCUGACGCUGGUGAAUGUGACGAGUGAGGACAAUGGCUUCACCCUGACAUGCAUUGCAGAGAAUGUGGUGGGCAUGAGCAAUGCCAGUGUUGCCCUCACUGUCUACUAUCCCCCACGCGUGGUGAGCCUGGAGGAGCCUGAGCUGCGCCUGGAACAUUGCAUCGAGUUUGUGGUGCGUGGCAACCCACCACCAACACUGCACUGGCUGCACAAUGGGCAACCUCUGCGGGAGUCCAAGAUCAUCCAUGUGGAAUACUACCAGGAGGGAGAGAUUUCUGAGGGCUGCCUGCUCUUCAACAAGCCCACCCACUACAACAAUGGCAACUAUACCCUCAUUGCCAAAAACCCACUGGGUACAGCCAACCAGACCAUCAAUGGCCACUUCCUCAAGGAGCCCUUUCCAGAGAGCACGGAUAACUUUAUCUUGUUUGAUGAAGUGAGCCCCACACCUCCUAUCACUGUGACCCACAAACCAGAAGAAGACACUUUUGGGGUAUCCAUAGCAGUUGGACUUGCUGCUUUUGCCUGUGUCCUGUUAGUGGUUCUCUUCAUCAUGAUCAACAAGUAUGGUCGAAGGUCCAAAUUUGGAAUGAAGGGUCCCGUGGCUGUCAUCAGCGGUGAGGAAGACUCAGCCAGCCCACUGCACCACAUCAACCACGGCAUCACCACACCCUCGUCGCUGGACGCUGGGCCCGACACUGUGGUCAUCGGCAUGACCCGCAUCCCUGUCAUUGAGAACCCCCAGUACUUCCGUCAGGGACACAACUGCCACAAGCCAGACACGUGGGUCUUUUCAAACAUAGACAAUCAUGGGAUAUUAAACUUGAAGGACAAUAGAGAUCAUCUAGUCCCAUCAACUCACUAUAUAUAUGAGGAACCUGAGGUCCAGAGUGGGGAAGUGUCUUACCCAAGGUCACAUGGUUUCAGAGAAAUUAUGUUGAAUCCAAUAAGCCUUCCCGGACAUUCCAAGCCUCUUAACCAUGGCAUCUAUGUUGAGGAUGUCAAUGUUUAUUUCAGCAAAGGACGUCAUGGCUUUUAGAAACUCCUUUUAAGCCUCCUUAUUUUGAUGUCACCUUGGUAGGCUGGGCCCUCUGAGAGGUUGGAAGCUCUAGGCAUUGUUCUCUUUGGAUCCAGGGAUGCUAAGUAGAAACUGCAUGAGCCACCAGUGCCCUGGCACCCUUUAACACCACCAGAUGGGUGUUUUCCCCCAUCCAUCACUGGCAGGGUUGCCCCUUCCGUCCAGUCAUCACUGUGCUCCUUUUUUUCCGGCCUACGAGACAGCUCCUGCCACCAUCUUUAGAGCCAACAAAGAGAAUUAAAAACCUGUGCACCAGGAGCAUCUUUUAAAUACACUAGCCAUUCUCUUGCUUUACACAAACAACCUAACCAUCACAAGAAAGCCUGAUGAAGUCCAGCCGUGCUCCAGCCUCACUUUCCCUGCUUGGAAGCGUGGGGUCUCCCUGGCUCUCCCAGGAUACCAUGCUGUCCUCUUAGUGACCUCGUCGCCCUGCAACCUCCAGUGGGGAAGAGUCACAGAGAGCACCUAAGCAGAGGUGGAGAUGGCGCGGUAAGAGGAGGGGGAGCCAGGCUCAAGUAUUGGCACCAAGUUAGGUCUCAGAGGAAAGAAUGGAAACCAAUCACUUUACGUUUUUAUUUUUAUUUUCGGUGGAAAAAUCAUCCUUUUUUUGGGACACACUUGCCCCCACUUCCUCUUCUCUCUGGAACGGCUCACAGUGAGUGCGAUAUUAGAAAACUCCUUGCAGAGGAGAGUUUCUCCAGGCUCUUCCUGGGCCCUUAGAUCUGCAGUUCCGACAAGCUUUGGCUGCAGGAGGUUUUACCCAUGAACUGGCCAUCCUACUAGGACCACAAGGGACCAAGGGAAUCAGGGACCGAGGCCCUUCCUGCCAGCCCAUGAUCCCGGGAUUGGCUCUCUUCCCCUACUUCCACUUAUUCUUGACUCAGAACUUUUGGAACCCAAUGGAAUCAGCAUUUCAAGGUCAAGAUGAACUGAAGGGGAAGAGAAGUAAAACUUGGCCUCCUCCAGCCCCUCUCAUGGCACCAAUGGAAGUGUCCUCCUGUUCUCUGGUCAAUAUGUGUGUUUACUUUGCUUGCUUUGACUCAUGCCUUACUCCAUGGCCACCUCUCCCAAAGAGGGGGCUUGCUUUCCCCAUUUUCAACUUGAUCCACUGAGGAGAGGGAAGGGGGUGACUUUCCCCUCUUCCAUAGGAAAGGCACAUUUGUAGGGCCUGAAACUCUCCCGUAUUUGCUGACUCACUAGUGGAGGAGAGGUCUGGCUCCCAGCUCCCCUGGUCCAUGGGGCCUCCAUUGUGUGAAGUCAGCAUAGGCUGCCCACCUAAUGGUGGAGAGCAUGAAACUGGGAGCAUCCUGUGGGGGGCUUUUGGGGGAAAAAGGUGGUUGUUUUAGCCCACCAUUGUUUUGGGGUGGUGUUGCACACUAGUAGAGGAUAGAGUCUAUGCCUUUGGCAAAUUUAACUGGGAGUUUGGAUUCCCACUUAAGGGUUUUACUUCUUGGGUCCUGUGGAUAGUGGUUCUUUGUGUCAGGAUCCCAGCCCGAUUCUGCAAAUGCCUCCAUGGGGUUUAAAAACAUGAGGCUUUCCAAGUUCUUGCCCAGUAUCUGGGGCAGCCUCCAGAGUAUCACCUGGGAGUUCAGAUUCUCUCCAGGACUCCAGGUGUGUGUUUAUCUCGCCCCCUCCAGCUCUCCUCAUCCUGCUCCCCAUUGCUCCAUGUCAGGCUGUUCCCCAUUAUGCCCUGCUGAUGCUUUGGGUCCAGGGCCUCCUCCUAAGUGUGGCUUUAAGGAGUAAGCUUGAGGAUGAUGUUUUUUAAUUAUUGUAAAUCAUUACCUCAUUUCCAGCCUCCCAGGCUCCAUCCAUCACUGCAUCUUUUAUUCUGCCAUUUUCCUCACCUUGUGCUAUGAAAAUGGGGCGUUGUGUUUCCACAGAGACUUAUAGGAGUGUUCAGUGUAUAGUUUCUUAAUAAACACUUUAUUUUCUAAUGAAA